AUGGGUGCACAGCAAUCAAUAUUCUAUUCAAGUGCUGGUGCUGGAAACAACAACAACAACAGUAACAAUAACAAUGGUAACAACAGCAGUGAUAACACAAUUUCUGGAGAAAACAACAACAAUAACAACAAUAAUAGCUAUGAAAGAAUUGUUCAUAAUCAAACAAGAUUACCAGAUCAUUUGCUUAGGGAGAUACUGGCAUGUCUUUGUUUGGCUACAACUAGUAAGCAUCAGAUUGCCAAUCAACUCGAAAUGUCACUGGUUUGCACUUAUUGGAUGCUACACAUCGUUCCUAGAGCCACUAAACAUGUUACAGUUGGCUCGAAUCAAACUGCCUUCUUACGUCGAUUCCCUAUACUACUCAAACAACUAUCAAACAACAUCUCUGCCACUGCCUGUCCCGAACAACAACAAUACACUCAACACUACAACGUCAACGAUGAGCUACAGCUGACAAAGUUGACUAUUAUCUUCUCUGGUGACGAUAAUGAUACUGCUAGCAACGCCAAAGAGGACCCUAAGGGUGUCCAGUUGCUGAAACGAAUGUUCAUGUCACAGGCAGACAAGGUCUCGCUGUCAGACUCCAAGUUGCCGUGGUUACAAGCCUACAGUCCACUGCUAGCGAAGCACUGGGGCCAUUGCCACUCACUCUCACUGUUCAACCUGCCGCCUUGGGAGAACCUUUCACAUCUCAUAUCAUGCCAGACCAAUGUUCGAACAUUGCGCGUUGUUGCCAUGCACAACAUAAUGCCACAGUUUGUCAAUGUGUUGUACAAGGCCAAGUCGAUAGUCAACGUCUCAUUCAGCUCGUACCACGUAGACCUGUCACACAACUCUGAGUACAGUAACUGCAGUGUCCCUCAUCACGUCCAGCAUCUCAAGCUACAACCAUUCCAUCGAUUCUCUGGUAAUGCAGCCCUGCCCAAUCUUGUCAAGUUGCAGCUGACCGUGUCGCGAGACCAUGAGUCCCACGGCCUCAAACCCGAUUUCUUUAGACUGAUGCCCAACAUCACCGACCUCACACUGAUCGAUGCAAACUUUAUCAAUCCAAUUGCGUCAGAUGGAACAAGCCAAGCAUGUAUACUCGCUGGCCUACCCAAUCUCAAGCGACUAUCACUCUCUGCAAUAUACAAGUCAACACAAGCCAGUGACAGGACACAGGAAGCAUUGAUGAUCGAUAACGUUAGAGCAGUAUCAAAGCAUUUGGAGAUAUUGAAGUUGAAGCAAUACAUUGUCGACGACCUCUCACAGUGGACGCUGUUACUGGACCAAAUACCACGACUUAGACAACUGACUUACACAAGCUCAGUGGACGCCGCCAAUCUAUCACUGCUGGCAUACAUGGAGAGUAGUAACUGCGGUGCGCCACUGAUCAAACUGAAGCUACAGACACCGAGCCACAAUACCAAUCUCUGUCGAUUCAUCGAGGCCAAUCAAACGAUCAAACAUCUCACACUCACAAUGUUCCAACAGCGAGAUAUAAAGAAUGUACUGGAGAGUGUCAAGAAGAACCAGACCCUACACACCGUUCAAGUGGACUACAUGGACAUCCGUCUGUUGGAGAGUGAUGGCAGGAUAAUUUCCAAACGAACUGUAUAUAACAAGGUCACCAAUCAAUCAGUGCUCAAGCUUAAGUACCUCGAGCAAUUGCUUUGCCAACAUACAGCUCAAUUAGUGGAUGUACAC